AGCACCUUCGGUGUACCUAACCGUACUCCAGCAGUCCCCAGACCCACAACAGCCCGCCCCGAGGCCGCCGGCCGUGAGCCGAGGGCGCCUUUUGCACUGGUGCGUCGAGCGCGGGGUGCAGAGGCAACCCCGCCGCACUGGGCGUGGGGUUGGUUCCCCGAAAGGCAGGGCCGACUGCCUGGGAGUGGCCCGCGGCCCGGGGCUGGGAAGCCUCGGCAGCAGGCCGGGUGCCCACUACGAAGGAGCGCCAACCGCGUUGGGGCUGGUUUCUGAGAUAAAGAUGUCGUUCUCCUUUUAACCGUCACAGCAGAUUAGACAUAAUUGACCAGAAAUAAAAAAGCCUUUGGAGGCCAUAUCGUCUUCUCGAGCACCUUCUUAGAACCCAUUUCUGUGUUUUGGGAUCGCGAAAGUACCAUUUUCACAUCCAGAGCAAAGAAAAUAUUAUGACUGUUGGAAAUGAACCUGAAGGAAAUUUUACAUCCUGAAUAUGCAAAUUUCUGCCCUUGCAUUAGCUUUUUAAAAAACUAAAUUCUGAUAUUUAGUUGCUGCCUUUUUAAAAUACUAAAUUGUUUACUUCUUUUGCCUAGGUCUCUGUUGGCUAGUUGAAACAAAAAAAAAAAAAUAAAUAUGACCUUCUACAGUUAUAAUUCAUUCUUAGCUAUAUUGUGGACAAGAUUGCCUAGCCAUUUUGUCUAUCCUUCCUGUUCUCACUCACCAUCAAUUGCAUUUCUCCACUUGCCAGAUUCUCAUUUGCAUUCGACCUAUAUGAAAAGCUAUGGAAGCAGGAAGUACUCCUGUACCAGUCUACCAAGCAAUAAAGUUCAUCCUUUACGAACUAGACUCACACAAAAACUACACACAACUUGCUGGCUACAAAACCUUCCUGGUAAACCUCAGCCAGAACAAAUCCCAGGAAAGCCUAAGCCAACAAGCCCUCCACCUCCCAAAGGAGCUGAGACAGAGAUUACAGAAGAAAAGCGAUCUUUUAGACAAAAAAUCAUGGAUGAACUCAAGUAUUAUUACAAUGGAUUCUAUUUACUUUGGACUGACACCAAAGUUGCUGCCAGAAUAGUUUGGAGGCUUCUGCAUGGACAGGCACUAACAAGACGGGAGAGGCGAAGGCUGUUGAGGACUUGCGCUGAUGUCUUCCGCUUGGUUCCAUUUAUGGUGUUCAUAAUUGUACCUUUUAUGGAAUUCUUGAUACCAGUGUUUCUGAAGCUCUUCCCAAACAUGUUGCCAUCAACUUUUGAAAGUGAAUCCAAAAAGGAAGAAAAACAGAAAAAGAAGAUGGCUGCAAAAUUGGAAAUAGCAAAAUUCCUUCAAGAGACAAUGACAGAAAUGGCCAGGAGAAACCUAGCCAAGUUGGGAGAUGCCUCUUCACAGCUUUCUUCUUAUGUAAAACAGGUCCAAACAGGCCACAGGCCCAGCACUAAGGAGAUAGUUCGCUUCUCUAAACUCUUCGAGGACCAGUUAGCCCUGGAACACUUAGAUCGAUCCCAGCUGGUUGCCCUGUGUAAGCUGCUGGAAUUGCAGACUUUCGGAACAAACAAUCUGCUCCGCUUCCAGCUCUUGAUGACACUGAAGUCUAUAAAAGCAGAUGACAAAAUAAUUGCCAAAGAAGGGGCGAAGGCUUUGAGUGUUUCGGAGCUGCAGGCUGCCUGCCGGGCCCGAGGGAUGAGAUCAUUAGGCCUCACAGAGGAACAACUGUGGCAGCAACUCACAGAGUGGCUGGACCUCCACCUGAAGGAGAAUGUCCCCCCUUCUCUUUUGCUCCUGUCAAGAACCUUCUACCUAAUAGAUGUGAAGCCAAAGCCUAUCGAACUACCACCAAGUAUAGAGGCUCCAAAGACAAACCUUGUCUCAGCAUCAUCUACUUCCCCUGAGUCACAAGAGAAUGUUGUAGAUCCUGCACCUCAACUAAAGGGAACUAAGGAUGAAGAAUUUAUAAAACUGCCCCCAGUACCAUCUUCAGUCAUAACACCAUCAGCAAGCAUCUCCAAAGAAGCAAUUAUCCAGGCCAAAUCCCAGAAGACCUCACAGAACAGCAAGGCUAAUUCAAAAGGAGCCUAAGGACCCCUUGAAGAUGGAGCUCACUCUCUGCAGUCACUGUCAUCCAUGAAGAAAUUCUAGCUAAGACUGUUUGGCUUGUGAUAAAGGAUCAGCCAUUAAGUCGUUGGAGGUCUCAUGAUCAUUCCAGAUGUGCAAGCAGUGACACCGAGUUCAGGCCAUUCAGAGAAUCUUAAUUGUGGUCUAUUUCUACUGUAUAAUGUGUCAUCCUACUAAACCUUGAAUAAAGCCCACUCCCAUCUUGUUUUUGAA